GCGCCUGCGCGCGCUCCGGCGACCGCGAGCGCCCCCUCUCCCCUCCCCCUCGCUCCCCCCCCCCCCCGCUCCGUCCCCGCGCCGGGAGCUCCGCCGGCGGCGCCGCGGCGGGCGGGGGCGGGAGGAGGCCGGAGGCGGCCGGCGCCCCCCCUCCCCCGCCCCCGCCGGCGCGCGCCCGCCGCCCCCCGCCCCGGCCCCCCGGCCCGCCGCGGGAGCCCGCGCCGCAGAGCGGGGCCCGCCAGCGCCACCCGCCGGUCGCGGGGCCGCACCGCGCCUCCCCCCGUCCCCCCCUGCUCCGGCUCUCAAUGUUCCACACUGCCCGGCCACAGAGCCGCCGCCGCCGCCGUAUAGCCCCCCGGCCGCCUCCGUCCCCCUCCUCGGGCGCCGCGGGCCCGGCCCGGCCCCCCGCCAUCCCGCCUCUCCGACCCAGCAGCGGGACAGGACGCCGGCGAAGCUCCCCACGAUGUCUAGCGAUAGGCAGAGAUCAGACGAUGAAAGUCCCAGUACCAGCAGCGGUAGUUCGGAUGCCGAUCAGAGGGAUCCACCAGCACCUGAACCCGAAGAGCAAGAAGAACGAAAACCCUCUGCCACCCAGCAGAAGAAGAACACCAAACUGUCCAGCAAAACUACUGCUAAGCUAUCUACUAGUGCUAAAAGAAUCCAGAAGGAGCUAGCUGAAAUAACCCUUGAUCCUCCUCCUAACUGCAGUGCCGGUCCUAAAGGAGAUAACAUUUAUGAAUGGAGAUCUACUAUUCUUGGACCUCCAGGUUCUGUAUAUGAAGGAGGUGUUUUUUUCCUGGAUAUCACAUUUUCAUCUGACUAUCCAUUCAAGCCACCAAAGGUUACUUUCCGUACCAGAAUUUAUCACUGCAACAUCAACAGUCAGGGAGUCAUCUGUCUGGAUAUCCUGAAAGACAACUGGAGCCCUGCUUUGACUAUUUCAAAGGUUCUGCUGUCUAUUUGUUCUCUUCUGACAGACUGCAACCCAGCUGACCCUCUGGUUGGAAGCAUAGCCACUCAGUACCUGACCAACAGAGCAGAACAUGACAGGAUAGCCAGACAGUGGACCAAGAGAUAUGCAACAUAAAUGACAAACUACUUGUGCAGUGUGAAGGUGCAGAAGGCAACUUUGCAGUGUGCAACAAAUCUUUAUAGCCUUUACAAUACGGACUUCUGUGUAUAUGUUAUACUGAUUCUACUCUGCUUUUAUCCUUUUGAAGACUGGGAUACUGCCCCCCAAAAAGGUAAAUGCUAUUAAGAGUAGAAAUUUGUAGCUGUAGAUUAGUUAUGUUUAAAAUGCCUACUUGCAAGUCUUGCUUCUUUGGGAUAUCAAAAUGUAUUUUGUGAUGUACUAAGGAUACUGUUCCUGAAGUCAACCAAAUAUUAUAGUGCAUUUUAGCCUAAUUCAUUAUCUGUAUGAAGUUAUUAAAGGUAGCUGUAGAUUACUAGGAAUUAUGUCAUUUGUAUUAAACCCAGAUCUAUUUCCAAUAUGUGGUACAUGCUGUUGUGAAAACUGUUUUAACUUUUACCUUUGUCAGUUUGUAAUGAAAGGAUUUCCUUUUUCCCUUUGUAGCUCAGAGAGCACCCAGUGUAUCAUCUCAAACACAAUAAACAUGUUCCCCAAGGAGUAGUUUCUUUGUUUUCCUAUUUUAAAUUAAUAUUUGAAUAAAUUUAAUUAUAGUAACAAGGCAGGGCCAAUGUAUCACAGAUCCCUGUGGAUAAUCUUUAAAUUAAUAUACAUAAGCAAAGGCUUGCUAUUAAAUGUUUAAUGCACACCUGUGGAUUGUUUUAAGUUUUCCCUGUUUUGUUUUUUUUUUAACAGAACAAAUGUCGUUUCUACAGUUUCCUUAAAUUUAACACUGUUGGGCUCUUUCUGAAGUUGGAAUGAGAGCAUUGCAUAUGCUUACUCCAGAAGCUCAUGUAGCUGGUUGCUUCAGGGCCAGUCCUGCUCCCCUAACAGACUGCCUGAAUCUUGCUACCAUUUUUCUGUUGCAGGACGAGGGCCGAGUUAGGGAUAGUCUGGUGCUUUUGUUUCUGAGUAAAGCAAGUCGGACUUGCUGAUCUAGAGAACUACAGUUACCCAUUGAAAGUGGUCUUCCAAAGCAUGAUUGAACACUCUAUCAUCUGUCCAGAAAACAGAGGAGUAGAAUAAAUUUAAUCAGGUUUUUAUGACAGUUGUGGGGGAAAUGAACCUUUGUUGGUGAAAAUGUAAUCUGUAAAACUUUUAGACUACGGUUUCCCCCCUUCGCUUUCUGGCUUGGAAGUUUUGUAGCAUCUGUAAGUAACAAAGAUACAGAUUUAUAGUACAUACAGUUUAAAAAGUAGUUUUAUAAUUUAAGCUUUUAUAGGUUGCCAGUCACAAUAUUGAUUAUAAAAAAGAGACUUGAUCCCUUUAAACGAUUUUUAAAAUUACACUUCAUUUUAAACUUUACAGUCUCCCUUACUGCCUGGUGUUUUUGGAGAUAAUGUAGCACUUCCAUCAAUAAGAUGCUCUGCUCAUUUAAUAUAUGAAAACCGAAUGUUAAUUUUAAACACUAAAGCAAUAGAAAAAAUGUUAAAAGAUUUAGAUCUAAAGUUAUCCAUCACGAUUAUAGGUCCCGGGUUUUUGUAUCACAUGAGCUUUGAACAUAAAUUGUCCACCCUACUUUAAAUAUUUCUACAGAUUCCUGAAGGUGGCUUGAAGAACUGUGUAUCCCAAAUAUCUCAACCUAGAAGCCAGUCUCUCUUGGUAGCUACAAGAUAGCUUUAGAGUUCAGGUUAUAAAGUGCAAAAGGGAAUGAGAAACAGGGGAUCUGGCAGGUGGAUAUGCCUAAGUCAGGUAACUGACUAAUGCCAGGAGAUGAAGUGCUGGAAAUCACUGCUGAAGGUGACCAGAGUUUCUCACUAUGUCAUUGGACGUGUGAGAAAUAGCACAGAUUGGCAAAGAAACAAGGGGCUAUCACAUCCGGGCUGGACACCUAACGUCUGCUCGCUGCUGACCAUGAGCACACCCGUGGGUGACACGGUGCUCGUACACCACUCCAGUGACUUUCCAGUGAAGAGCAAACUAUCUAUUUCACACGUUGACUGUGUUGCCUACAGAAUUUACAGGUAUUUAUAUCAUAAAAUAUUAUGGUAUACAAAUACAGGUUUUAAUCCUAAUUUUAAUGUAUUUUGGUUUUGUAUUGUACCUACAACUUCAGAUACCUAGGUGUACAAGUGGGAUGCCUUGUUAGUGUUGCCCCAUCUUGCCUUCCUUGCAAUUGGAUCCUUUACACUGAAUUCCCAUCAUUUUUAUUUUUUUUUUUCUGUUGGUUUGUCAUGAUUCUGUUCUUUUUUUAAUGUAGUUUUUUUGUGUGUAAAUUUUAUAUUUACUGAAGUAAAGGUUGUUUUUGUGUAAACAUUUAAACUUUAAAGAAAGAAAAGAAGCUAAUUUUGUUUCUCAAGUUCUCUCUGCUAAACCAUGCAGUAGAAAGAAAUUUGUAUUGUUAAAUAAAUCAAUUAGUUGUUAAAUGA